GACGUUAACCCAAAUACAAUUUUAUUUCAUGCGUUUUGUAAAACAUUUUCUUUUGAACUUUCUUUAUGGAUUUAUAUUGAACCCCUGAUGAAAAUAUGAAAAGGGAUACUUUCAUUCUGAUUGUCAGAAGCUUCAUAUGAGAUCAGAAGCCAGCCGGAAAAUCAUUUGCAUACAUAUUACUACUUACAGACCACGUUACGAAGAAAUGGAUGAGAAAGUUAAAAAUUGUUUUAAAGGCCACAACAAGUACGUUUGCUCCAUAUGCCUAAACAAAGGCGGAGAAAAAAAUGGCGAAUGCUGUAAGAAAGCACCUAAAAACUGUCCCAUUUGUCAAAAGAACCGAGAAUGUACAACUAGAGAUUGUUCCGCUGGUAAAAAAGAUAAACCUACUGCUACUGAAAAAGCAGGUAUUUUAAAAGAUCCAAAUGUUAAAACUGUUCAGACUUCUGAUACAAAUGUCUCUCAAGGUCUGACCCUUUUGAACGAAGUUCUAACAGUAUUUCAAAAUAAGAAAGUUGAUGGUACCAAAGAAAAGGUGAAGCCUGGUCGUUUUAAGGACGCAGCUGUGUCUACGGAUGACAAAACCGAUGAAAGAAGUGUAAAAGAACGAGAUAGGCCGCGGUUAACCGUCAGUACUUUCCAAUACUCUAUCGAUGAAAACAAAAAGUAUGCCUACGAAAAUGGACAUUGUGUAAUAGUGAAUUGUUGCCAACCAGACUUCGUUCGAAAGCAGAACUCCAUCGAUUUGAUCAAGCAUAAGUCAAGUUCGAUACCUCAAAUGAAAUUAGAAGAAUUGAAAUACUCUUUGAAAGAAAAGACCAAAUCUAAAGAUGCGAUUGAAGAAGUAAAUAGAUUGUUUGCAACAGUGAAAAGGCCUGGUAAAAUGUCAGAAAAUUCCAACAGACCAAUGGUCAGAAAUGGUCCAAGAGUGUUACCAGUCGUCAAUAGUAAUUACCACGAUGUGGUUAAGAAAAAGAAUUUUGGCGUUGAAUGUAACGUGCACAGUUGCAAAUGUUGCCAUACCUGCAUGUCUAGUGGAGAUGCUUUCCCUAAAAAUGAGUGUUGCCAUGAUGAGAAUGAGAAAUGUGAAAAGUGCGUUUAUAUGCUGUGUUGCCAUUAUGAAAGUGUACGUAAAAGGCAGAAGCAGAAUGGAGUACUAAUUUGUGAACAUUGCAGAGAUAUGCACGAGGGCCACUUUUUUCAACAUAACUACGUAGACGACAGUACGUAAAUUUCUCCACGAAACUAUGGACAUUACAGUCGGUAGAUUUUUUAUAUACUCUAUCUUUUUACAGUUUAUUUUUUAAUAAAUAUAGUAUGUUUUUAUA